AUGUUGGUCAGUAACUGCAAAGCAGUGCAGCGGGCAGAAAUCACCGUCAGGAAGCAGGCCAUUGCUACGAGGCGCGUGCUCAAGUAUCUGGGAGUGAUGAUCGACGACCGGCUGAACUUCAACAGCCAAGUCGAAUAUGCGUGCGAGAAGGAGGCGAAAGCCAGAAUCAUGCCGAACAAUUAUGGUCCAAGCAGCAGCAAGAGGCGUCUUCUGGCCAGUGUGUCCUCAUCGAUACUAAAGUUUGGAGGUUCAGCCUGGAUUGAAGCGCUGAAAGCGAAGCAGAACCAAAAGAAAUUGAGUAGACUUUUGAUCUAA